AUGCCCGAGAUUAUCGGCAAAUUGCUAAAACAAGACGGCAAGUCUGCGACGGACUUGGAGAAGCAAGUGUCCCAAGCACUUGUUGACCUUGAAACCGCUUCGGAUGUGCAAGAACAGUUGCGCGAACUGUACAUUGUCGGCGUUAAGGUCAGUUCUAUUUUCAAAAAAUGAAAUUUCAUCGUAUAAAUAAAUUACUUUCUAUUUUAAAAUUUCAGGAAGUCGAAGCUGGAAACAAGAGCGCUAUCAUUAUCUACGUCCCGGUCCCACAAUUGAAGGCCUUCCACAAGCUCCAGGUCAGACUGGUCCGCGAGCUGGAGAAGAAGUUCGGAGGCAAGGACGUCAUUUUCCUCGCCAAGGUAAUGUUCUAUUAUUUUUUUAAAAUUCUUUUUCUAGUUUUAUUAAUUAUACGGCGUCAAAAGUGAUUUCGUGUCAUUGAAAAUUAUAUCUGGCUCUCCAAAGCCUUUGUUGUCUUUUUUAUUCUAAAGUGGUUCUUUCUAUUUCGCUGAAAAUUUGUGAUGCUUAGUUUAACAUAAAAUUGAGACGCAUAAAACUAUAGUCUGUUCAGAUUUUGAAUGUCACACAGCUAACUCCACCCCUAAGGCUACAAUAUCUUUCGCGUCAAUUUUUUAUCUAUAGGUGACGAUGGCCCUUUAAUAAGGCUGCAUUUUUGACUUCUUUUUCUAUCUUUUAGAUCAAAAAAGAUCAAAAUGAGUUCUGCGCGAUAAAACAUCAACGUGAAAAGGUUCCGUCUCAGCAGGGUGCGGAGUUAGCUGGUUGAAAUUCAAAAUAUGAACAGACCAGAAACCCGGCGCGUCCCCCACCAGUGCCUUACUUCUGAAAAUAAGAAAUUAAAAAGAAUCUUAUUUUCUUAUUUUUUCAAAAAAAAUUUAUUUGCUUUUUUUAAAAAUUAAUUUUUCCUCAUUAUUUUACUAUCAUAUAAAAAUUCUUCAAUUUCUUCGAUUUCCUUCAUGUUUUUUUCUUCUCUUCCGUACCUAUAAAAAAAUAUUGCAUAGAGAACCUUUUUGAUUAUUGUUCAAAAGGAAAAAUACUUCAUUAUAAAUUGGCAAUUUUUAAUAUCGUGGUUUUUUUCAUCAUUUUUUUAUCAUCUUCUGUAAAACCUUUCAUGGUUGAUGCACUUUUUUUAAAAAGAAAUAUAUGGAUAAAAACAUUUUUUUCGCUCUUUUUCUAUUGAACUAUAAAGAAGAAAAAACCCGGAAAGCGUUUCAAAAUGUUUGAAUUUAUCCUUCUAAAUAUUUCGCAACAUCCAGUUUUUGUUCUUCUUCACGAGAAAGGUGUCAGCCUUAUUUUUAAAUCAUUUCCAAGAAGUUAUUCGAACUAGUUACUGAUGCCGUGUUCAAAGUAAUUUCGGCGGUUUCAAAAUAGACGCGUUAUUCGUUUAAAAUGAUUUCGGGAAAUAGGCAGAAUGGGUAUUACGGGAAGGCGGAAAAAAAAGUGAGUCCUACGACGAUAUAUCGUUGGAUACGCAUUUUUACAAUGAGUUUCACGCGCGAAUUUGAAAUGACAGUAGAAAACGCCCAAAUAAUUUUAAAAUUUUGAGUUCCCGCGAAGAAAUUACGGUAAAAAUGAAUAUUUAACGAUAUAUCGUUGUAGGACUUUUCAAAACACGUACACUAAGAAUAACUGACGAGAUAAACGCGAGGUCGGUGGCGGUACACUGACGAACUCGCAAACAUGUCGCUUUUUUCUAGGCGCGAUCUCGCAUUUUUCUGGGCGCUAGCUCGCAUUCUUCUCGGCGCGACCUCGCAUUUAUCUUGCAUUUCGGAAACUUUCAAAAUGCGAGCUCGCGCCCAGAAAAAUGCGAGACCGGCGCGAGAAAAAAUGCGAGAUGUUUGCGAGCUCGUCAAUGUACCGCCAGCGUCUCGCGUUUAUCUCGGCAGUUAUUCUUAGUGUACUCUCCUCUCUCACAUGCACACUGUCUGUGAACCUGCGCGCUGGCAUGCCACAUUCAACACAAAACGGCAGACCAGCGCGCAUGUAACCGCAGGCCAGCCCACGAGUCUGGUCUCUCCAAAUUUACCGUGCUCUCUAAAACGGUGCAUUUGCGCUGAUCUGUCGUUUCUUUUUUUUUUUUAGAUGGGCGCUGGCUUGUCGUUUUUCCCUGAGUAUGUAGAUAAAAGUGUAAAAGUAGUUAUUAAGCAUAGAAUUUUUGAUUCGAAAAUUUUUUUGACUUGUUUUUUCAUUUCAAUCGAGUUACUCGACCCUGUAUUUUAGCACCCAUAUUUUAUUUUUGGCUCCUUAGUCGACACCUUUUUUCCAAAAAUCCAAUUCUAAUUGGACGUGUGGCCGACUUUUUGCUUAUGUUUAUUUAAAAGAUAACUGUAUGCCGUGUUUAAAGUAAUUUCCGCGAAAUUCAAAAUCAACUUUAAACUUCCAAAGUUUAUUUAUAUCUUUCACUCUGGCGGUUAUUUUGAAUUAAGCUGCAAUUUUUUUCGAUAUGAUUAUUUUAUGCUCGGAUUUUCAGAGAAGGAUUUUGGCCAAGCCUCUUCGAGGAAGCCGCGCUCGUCCCCAAAAGCAGCAAAGACCACGAUCUCGUACUUUGACUUCCGUUCACGAUGCGUGGUUGGACGAACUUGUUUUCCCCGCUGAAGUCGUUGGAAAAAGAAUCCGCGUCAAGCUUGAUGGAAAGAAGUUGUACAAGGUUUGCUAGUUUGCCUACACUUUUAAUUUUUUUUUAUUAACCGCCUAGGUUCAUCUGGACAAGAACCAGGAGACGACCAUUGGACACAAAGUCGGAGUUUUCGCUUCCGUCUACAGGAAACUCACAGGAAAAGACGUUACCUUCGAGUUCCCCGAACCCAUCUUCUAA